UACACACCAGACCGCACAACUGAUCCUCUUCUGAAGCCAUCUUUAGAGAAGUCUUCGUAUCGACGCUUCCAAGCCUUCCGAAUCAUGAACACUUUGGUCGUCCUCACUACUCUUUCCACUCUCGUGGCCGCUGCUUAUGCCGGCGGGCUGGUUGCCUACGGCUUGGGAGGCGGUCACGGUGGCUGGGGCAACGGCUGGGGCAACGGCUGGGGCAAUGGCUGGGGCAGCGGCUGGGGCAGCGGCUGGGGCAGCGGCUGGAAACAUGGCGGUGGCCUGAGCGGGGUCGGCCUCGGCGGCAGCGUGGUCCUGCUGAACGGUGGCCAUGGCGGGUACGGCAAGGUUGUGGCCGGACCGUCCUUUCUCGUGAAGACCGUGCACCACGUGAGCAAGCUCAGCGGCGGUGGCGCUGUGGUCGCCCACAGCGGUCUCGGAGGCGGCUACGUCGUGGGACCCCUGGUGGCCGCGACGGUGGUGGGCAAUGGCGGAGGCCACGGUGGAGGCUACGGUUACGGCGGCGGCUACGGCCACAAGGGAUAAGCCGUACGGAGCUGAGCGAGAACUAAGACAUCAAGACGGUGGACCGACGACAUCUAGCCAGCAGCGCUGUGAUCUCCGCACAAGCGAACAGGAAGAAUCACUCAAAAAUAAAAAUAAAAAAAUAAUCAGGUCAUUUUAUAUACCUCAGGAAACGCCAUUUACACGUUUGGGCAGGCGAAUGCCCUCUGUACAAUGUGUAAAUAAAAAAAAGCAUUUUCUCAUUUCUAAAA